CUUAACAUAAAAUAAACAAUUGAAGUCCUUUGCAUAGCAAGGCAUAGAAAAACAACUCAUCAGGGCAAACUGGCCGAACAAAAAAAGUUGAGGGGGAAAUUGGCACUUGGGUGAUUCAGGAAUAAACGAACAUUGCAUUUGAGAAAAACAAAAAGGUGGAGUGGAGUGCGAACAAUGAGAGCCUUGUACCGGAGGUGCUCGCUAUGGAGGACAAGAAGAGAAGCUCCGCACUCACUUUUCUUCUUCUCAAAUGCUCUCUGUACCCACACCAACAACAUUGAUGGGGUUCACAACUCCAGGAUCAAGGUCUUUGAUCGCCACUUCAGACGCAAACAGCUUGAUCGAGCUGCUUGGUUGAUGCGUUCCAAGGAUUCUUUUGUUGAUACUGUUGCUGAGAAUCUAUUAGAUCGCUUGGAGGACUGCAAGAAAACUUUUCCAACAGCAUUAUGUUUGGGAGGCCAAUUAGAAGCUGUCAGGCGUUUGUUAAAUGGUCGCGGUGCCAUUGAAAAGCUCAUUAUGAUGUCGGCAUCAUAUGACAUGGCAAAACUGUGUAGAAAUGCUGAGCAUGAGUUACAAACUGAAAACAUUGAAACAUCCUUUAUGGUUGGUGACGAAGAGUUUUUGCCGGUCAAGGAAAGUUCUGUGGAUCUGGUAUUAAGUUGCUUGGGCCUUCACUGGACAAAUGAUCUUCCAGGAGCAAUGAUACAGUGCAGAUUGGCAUUGAAGCCAGAUGGCCUAUUUUUAGCGGCAAUUCUUGGUGGAGAAACCUUAAAAGAACUGAGGAUAGCAUGCACCGUGGCACAAAUGGAGCGUGAAGGAGGCAUCAGUCCACGAGUAUCACCUUUGGCACAAGUGCGGGAUGCAGGCAAUCUCUUGACCAGGGCAGGCUUUACCCUUCCAGGUGUUGAUGUGGAUGAGUUUGUAGUAAGAUAUCCAAGCGCUCUGGAUCUCAUAGAACAUCUGCGUGCAAUGGGUGAAACGAAUGCUCUUCUACAAAGGAACACUGGGUGCUAUGCUUAUUAUUCAAAACAGAUUUUAAAGAGAGACACGGCCCUGGCCACUGCAGCAAUUUAUGAUUCAAUGUUUGCAGCAGAAGAUGGCACCAUCCCAGCAACCUUCCAGGUGAUUUAUAUGACAGGGUGGAGUGACCAUCCAUCUCAGCAGAGGGCAAAGAGGAGGGGAUCUGCAACUGUAUCUUUUCAGGACAUCCAGAAGCAAUUUGGAAGUGAGACUUGAUCUCCCUAUGUGCUCACGUUUUCUAAGCAAAUGAAAGUCGAGUAAGAGAAGAAAAUUGUACGACCGAAAUGUGUGGUUUGGUCAAUCAGGAAAGUCAGGAUAUUUGGUGAUUAUUUUAUUGUUAAUUUUCUAGUUUUUAUUAGAAAUUUUUUGCACAAAUACCACUAAAAAAUUAAAUAAAAUUGGUGGUGUGAUUACAUGACAGAUUAUUGGAAAUUGGUUGUUCUAA